AUGGUUUGGACGUCGAGUGUGUCGGCGAAGGAGGGAUGGGAGAGGGUGGUGGUGAGGUUGAGGAACGGAAGCAAAAGAGAAGAAGCAAGAAGAACGGGAAAACAGCGAGAAGAAGAGGAAAACGAGAAAGAGGAGAAAAGAGGAGAGCGCCCAAUACAGCCGCCCUGUUUAGCGGUAUACAUGCACGCAGGCUCCACCUUCGAGCAGGGCUUCCCGGCCGGGGCUGCGGGUCGGGUAUCUGUAUACCGUACCAAGGUAUCUGCGGGUAUUGAUGGCGGCGCCGUCAACAUUAAAUUACCUCCCAGCCCGCUCGGUAGUGGCCAGUGCUCGUUCGCUGGACCACUGGGGUUACAGAAUGGCAGAGCUUCCCGCGUGAAAAAACACUCCAGAAACAGGAUGCCAAGUGGUAUCGGCGCAUCGUCGAACUCACCAGUCGAAGCCUAUGCUGGCAAACCACAAGCUCCCGCUCACCAGCCAGUCAGAGACGUGCUCUCCGUUGCACCGGCUGGUUGUCCUUCUUGCGAAAAGCCACUUCCGGAACGCCUUGACUGGUCUCUGCUAUGCGCGCCGGCGCAAGGAUAGCCCGUAUUUAAAUGUACCUUUUUGAAAUGACGGCUAAUUCUCGUUUUCCCGGCAUUUUCGUCACCCCUGGCUUUGGUAGGAGGUUGCCCGGUACCUGACUGACUGACUCUCCUCUCAGUAAAGGCGCUCCCAGUGCUGAACGACGCUGGCUGGCUGGGUUUGCUUGGUCUGUCAGCUUGACAAUCUCUCCGAGCUACUCCGUGGCUCAAGGUAGGGCAGCUCUUGACAGCUUGCUCUAGGAUACUGAAACCGCAUAAAUAAAUAUAUAUACUUCACAAAGCUGCCCAAGUUGCUCUGUGCUGCUUCUCAUCAUGGAGGCUCCAUCCAGCAGGCCACAUUUCACAUCUCCUCCCCGAUGGGUAUCCAAAAAGGCUCCAUUUAGAGCGAGCGCUUUCAAGCCACAAAACGUUGUCCGGUGUCUGCAG